UUUGAUGGCAAUGGAAAUUUUCGAAGCACUAAAAAUUGAAACGGAUGGAGGAGGACAAUGGAGGAAGAGGACAUGCAACGGUCCAUUGCGGCAUCGAGAUCAGACGCUUAGCUGACGCGAGAAGUCGACGCGCUCGAGCGCCGAGAUAGCCGCAAGGGGGUUCUACGCCAAAUGCCCUGCCCCGCGCUUAGACGGGAAAGUUUGUGACGGGGAGGGUCUCGUUUUCUUACGAUAUUUCAAGACUGCGCCGCGCCCAGCUGCUAGGCGAAAUCAGAAGCCAGUGCUCGUUUCUUUCCUUUCUCAUUUUCUUCGACGGGAUCAUCGACCAUGGACAACAGAUCGGUGGUAGUGUGCGACAACGGCACCGGCUAUGUAAAAUGUGGAUUUGCUGGAGAAAACUUCCCAACAUCUGUAUUCCCUUGUGCAGUAGGUCAUCCCAUGUUACGGUAUGAAGAAUCAUUGACAGAACAAGAAUUGAAGGAUGUUGUUGUGGGCUCUGCAUGUGCAGAAUGGCGGCAUCAACUUGACGUGUCUUAUCCUGUGAAUAAUGGCAUAGUUCAGAACUGGGAUGACAUGGGCCAUGUUUGGGACCAUGCCUUCUUUAACGAGUUAAAAGUAGAUCCAACGGAAUGUUGGAUCUUACUUACAGAUCCUCCUCUCAACCCUUCAAAAAACAGAGAGAAAAUGAUUGAGACAAUGUUUGAGAAGUAUGGGUUCAAUGCUGUCUUCAUCCAAAUCCAGGCCGUUCUAACAUUGUAUGCUCAAGGUUUACUGCAUGGUCUUGUCAUUGACUCUGGUGAUGGUGUCACCCAUGUGGUUCCUGUUGUGGAUGGCUACUCGUUUCCGCAUCUCACAAAGCGAAUGAAUGUAGCUGGAAGGCACAUAACAUCUUAUCUUGUGGACCUAUUGCUGCGAAGGGGGUACGCAAUGAAUAGAUCAGUUGACUUUGAAACUGUCCGAGAAAUCAAGGAGAAACUCUGCUAUAUAAGUUAUGAUUAUAAACGCGAGUAUCAAUUGGGUUUGGAGACCACCAUCCUGGUUAAGAAUUACACACUUCCAGAUGGAAGGGUCAUAAAAGUUGGUACAGAACGUUUCCAAGCACCUGAAGCUCUUUUCACUCCAGAACUUAUAGAUGUUGAAGGCGAUGGUAUUGCUGAUAUGGUAUUUCACUGUAUACAAGAGAUGGACAUUGACAACCGUAUGCUGCUUUACCGGAGCAUUGUUCUUAGCGGAGGAAGUACCAUGUAUCCUGGGUUGCCUAGUCGCUUGGAGAAAGAGAUACUAGAGCGGUAUGUGGAACACGUCUUGAAAGGAAAUAGGGAUGGUUUGAAGAAGCUAAGGCUGAAAAUAGAGGACCCCCCAAGAAGAAAGCACCUGGUCUAUCUGGGAGGCGCAGUACUUGCAAGCAUAAUGAAGACGGCUCCCGAGCUCUGGAUCACUAAAGAGGAUUACCAGGAAGAAGGUAUCGCAUGCUUAAGAAAGCUGGGUUGAGCCGUAGAUGCCACCGCAAAUAUUUUUCAUGCCGUGGAGUUUGAAGAGGAAUGAGAGAUUUCCUUGUAGAGAUUGAUCAUUCGAGUGUCCUCAUGGUGGUCACAGUUUAUGAAAGCCCUGGAAGGCUCCAGAAAAAGCUCACGUGGAAAGAGUCAAAUCAAUUUGCAGACAAGAGAUUUGUUAUUCCUCUU